UAGCUAACCGCCUUCUCAGCAGCUGCAUACACGGAAAAGGAGUUUUAUAUAAAGGGGUAGAGCAUAAAGAAUAGUAGCCUCACCACCCCCUUUGAUCCCGUUCUUCUUGAUCAUUAACUCCAUAUUUGAUCUAUAUUGUUCUUAAAUUAAUGGCUUAUCAGUUUAUAGUUGGAGUUGGAGGAGCGAUAGCUUCUCUUCUGGGGUUAUUUUUCUUGUACUACAAGUCUUUAUUAAGAGGACACAAGAAGACAAGAACAGCUUCUAUGGAGUUUCCAAAGGAAAACUGUGUGAAGGAAACUGGAAAUCGUGAGGUUGUUGGGACUACUGAUAUUAUCAUAGUUGGCGCUGGAGUUGCCGGUGCUGCUCUUGCCUAUGCUCUUGGAAAGGACGGACGUCGAGUGCGUGUGAUCGAGAGGGACUUAAAUGCGCCUGACACAAUUGCUGGUGAAGGUCUAAUGCCAGGGGGCUACCUCAAGUUGAUUGAGUUAGGCCUUGAGGAUUGUGUAGAUGAGAUUGACGCUCAGCGAAUUUUGGGUUAUGUUCUAUACAAGGAUGGAAAGGAUGCCAAGGUAUCUUUUCCUCUGGAAAAGUUUCAGUCCCAUGUGGCUGGAAGAAACUUUCAUCAUGGUCGUUUUGUUCAAAGGUUGCGGGAGAAAGUUGCAUCUCUUCACAAUGUAAGUCUAGGACAAGGGACAGUAACAUCUCUGCUUGAAGAAAAUGGGACUGUCAAAGGAGUGCACUACAAAAACAAGAGUGGUCAAGUGUUGACAGCAUAUGCUCCCCUCACCAUUGUAUGCGAUGGUGGUUUCUCAAAUUUGAGACACUCUCUCUGCUAUCCUAAGGUUGAUGUCCCCUCGUAUUUUGUUGGUUUGAUUCUGAACAACUGUAAACUUCCGCAUGCAAAUUUUGGAGCUCUUAUAUUAGCAGAUCCUUCACCUAUCCUAUUUUAUCCCAUUAGCAGCACUGAAAUUCGUUGCUUGGUUGAUGUACCUAGCCAAAAUGUACCUUCAGUUUCCGAUGGUGAAAUGGCUCAUUACUUGAAAACUCUGGUGGCUCCCAAGGUUCCUCCUGAACUGCAAACUGCCUUUAUCUUUGCAAUAGAGAAGAGGAAUAACAUAAGAACCAUGCCAAAUAGAAUCAUGGCUGCAGCUUCAUGCCCGACUCCUGGUGCACUUUUGAUGGGUGAUGCAUUCAACAUGCGGCAUCCUAUAACUGGCGGGGGAAUGACUGUUGCACUAUCUGAUGUUGUUGUACUGAGGGAUCUUCUAAGACCUUUGCACAAUCUAUAUGAUGCAUACGCGGUUUGCAAAUAUCUUGAAUCUUUUUAUACUUUGAGGAAGCCAAUGGCGUCUACAAUAAAUACAUUGGCUAACCUCCUACACAAGGUAUUCAGUGCCUCAUCUGAUCCAGCAAUGGAGGAUAUCCAACAGGCAUGUUUCGGCUAUUUGAGGAUUGGAGGCGUAUUUACAGAUGGACUAUCAGCUCUGCUCUCUGGUCUAUACCCUCGUCCUUUAAGCUUAGCAUUUCAUUGCUUUGCCAUAGCAAUAUAUGGUGUUGGCCGAUUGUUACUACCAUUUCCUUCUCCCAAACGCAUGUGGACUGGGGCUAAAUUGAUUUGGGUUGCAUCAGGCAUCCUUUUCCCCCUUAUAAAGUCUGAAGGAGUGAGACAAAUGUUUUUCCCUCUAACUGUGCCAGCAUAUUACAGAACUCCCCCCCUUUAGGACAAGGAUACAAGAGAGAUUUCCGACAUACAUUGAGAGAAAAGUCAUUAGAAAAUUUCGUGUCUGUUACUAGUUUGCAACUCCUUAAGAAAGUUACAGGAAAGAUCUCAUAUCAACAGAGAUCAAACUUUCUGCAAUCUUUCUUCAAACCAUUACAAUGGUAGCUACCUAUUUGUUAAUAAGAAAUCCAGUAUGCAAAAUCAAGAUCCAAGUUAGACAAUUAAUAAUCUUAGUGAAUGAAUUUUUAGGUCAAAUCAGUUCCUGUUUCAAUAAUGUAGAAUCACACCCAAAUUUAGUUUCCAUGGUUUUGAAAAACCAGGAAACUGCUACAAGCCUACGAUGACUAUGGCUAUAGGC